AUGAUCGCUGUACAGACGUCGGCAGCGGUGCCAGAUCCUCUUUCUGUACCCGCAAAUGCGCCGGAGCAUUGUCCGGGAACUGAAUCGCAGCUAGCAGGCAAGGCCGACGCCUGCGCAGGAUGUGCAAACCAGGACGUAUGUGCUUCUGGCGCGACCCGCGGCCCCGAUCCUGCUCUUCCUCUCAUAACGAACCGAAUGGCCAAUGUGAAGAGAAAGAUCCUAAUUCUCUCUGGAAAGGGUGGUGUCGGGAAGUCCACCUUUACCGCACAACUCGGAUGGGCAUUUGCAGCAGACGAAGAUACGCAGACCGGCGUCAUGGAUGUCGACAUAUGUGGGCCGUCCAUACCCACAAUUCUCGGCAUUGCAUCUGAGCAGGUACACUCUUCGUCAACUGGCUGGUCACCGAUCUACGUACAAGACAACUUUGGAGUCAUGUCAGUAGGCUUCAUGCUACCGUCCUCCCGCGAUGCGAUCAUGUGGCGCGGUCCCAAGAAGAAUGGCCUCAUCUCCCAAUUUCUGAAAGACGUUGACUGGGGCGACCUUGAUUACCUGCUCAUCGACACACCUCCGGGAACGUCUGACGAACACCUUAGCAUCGUUCAAUACCUGAAAGAAAGCGGUAUUGAUGGUGCCGUUGUUAUCACGACACCACAGGAGGUGGCCUUGCAGGACGUUCGGCGCGAGAUCGAUUUCUGUAGGAAAGUCGGCAUUAGGGUACUAGGGAUCGUCGAAAAUAUGUCGGGAUUCGUUUGCCCGAACUGCAAGAACGAGUCGCAGAUCUUUAAACCUUCGACCGGUGGCGCUAAACGGCUUGCAGAAGAGACUGGGCUUGAGUUUCUUGGAGCUGUACCAUUGGAUCCCCGCAUAGGCAAAAGUGCCGACUUCGGAGUCAGUUUCCUAGACGAGUACCCCGAUAGUCCAGCGACGACAGCAUACCUUGACAUCAUAGACCGCAUCAAGCAGCUCGUGGAUUAG